AUGACCAAAGAAGGACUACUGCCAGCUGAAAGGCUUCGAAACCGGUUUCAUUUGAGAAACAAGUACCAUGCUGCUUUGUGUGCUGAACUCUUCGGUACUUUUCUGUUAGUGGUAGGUCAUUAUUGGCAUCAUUUAUGGCAUGAUCAUCAUCAUUUUCAAGUUUUAAAAAUUUUUUUAUGUCAAUAAGUUUUUUUUUUAAAUUCUAUUUUUUAUCAAAAAUUUUUUAAAAUUUAAAUUUUUCAGUUCCUAGUACUCGGAAUUUCCUGUCAGCACGUACUCACCGGCUCAAAGUUGGUCAGUUUUCUGUCAAUCAAUAUUGGCGUCGGGUUCAUCGUGGCGUUGAGCGUCUACGCUACUUAUACCACAUCUGGAGGCCAACUUAAUCCUGCCGUAUCGAUUACUUUGGUAUUUUUGGGGCAUAUUUCGAUUAAGGAGUUUAUUGGUUUUGUCAUCGUUCAGACCAUCGGAGCAUUCUUGGGCGCUGCUGCUGGCUUUGCUGUUUAUCAAGGUAGGUGUAUCUUUACCGUUCCAAACAAUACCUUACUUUACUCUAUUUUACCCUACCCUACCCUGCCCUACCCUUCCCUACCCUACCCUUCUACCGUACUCUACCCCACCCUACCUAAUAUUUACCCCGCGUUACAGUACCCGUACUUCUUAAUUUGUUCUUCCUACCCUACUCUAUCAUAAUAUCUACCUUAUCUUAACCUAUCCGUCGUGAUCCACCCCAUACCACUUCCCCCACUCCCUCCUCAGCUUGAACUUGCUCUUCCAUGGCCCUUUUUUGCCUUACCCUGGCCUUUCCUUUAAUUACCAUACCCUACCCUUACCAUUACCCUGCUUUGCCCUACCUUAACAUUACCCCUUACCCGUGCCUUUCCGUUACCUUGUUCUACCUUACCAUGCUCUCAAAUUUCCCUAACCUACCCUCUGUUCUACCCUACCUUCGAAAUAAAUUUAAAAACUUUGUCUUCAGACGCCCUAAACUACUUUGCCGGACCCUUACGAACCAUAACCGGUCCGAACGCGACCGCCGGCAUCUUCUGUUCAUUCCCAGCCGAGCACAUCUCCAAUUGCACCGCCUUUCUGGAUCAGGUCGUGGGAACGGCGAUCCUACUGUUCUUCGUCUGUGUGUUCACAGACAAAAGGAACAACGUGCCAGCGUUCCUGCAUCCACUGUGCUUCGGCUUCACGUUGAUGUUGAUCGGCUUCACUUAUGGCAUGAACCUGGGCUACCCUAUUAACCCGGCCAGAGACUUUGGCCCACGCCUGUUCGCUGUGUUUGCUGGCUAUGGCUGGGAGGUGUUCACGUAUCAUGGAUGCUACUUCUGGAUUCCUAUUGUGGCACCAUUGAUUGGUGGACCAUUGGGAGCGUUCUUAUAUCACACCUUCAUUGGUGCACAUGCUCCGGAUGGAGUGGAGGAGGUGAAGAAGGUGGUACUGCCUUCAAAUGGAGAUGAGAGCGAACUUCUUAACAACGCUUAG